AUGCAAGUUUAUGAAGCAGAAAAGAAGAAAUUAAAGGCAUUGUUGAAGACUGUCAGCAAGAUUAGUUUGACAACAGAUUUGUGGAAAUCAAGUAAUCAAAAGAUUGAGUACAUGGUUCUUACAGCACACUUUGUAGAUUCUAAUUGGAGAUUGCAAAAGUGUGUUAUUAGCUUUGUUCACAUACCUCCUCCUCGUCGUGGUGUUGAGAUUGCUGAUUGUAUUUUUAAGUGUCUAAAGGAAUGGGGAAUUGAAAACAAGGUGUUUACACUUUCUGUGGACAAUGCUUCAAGCAAUGAUGUGGCGAUUAGAAUUCUUAAAGACACUUUUUCAAGAAAUAAGAUGUUGCUUUGUGGAGGAAAAUUAUUUCAUGUUUGGUGUUGUGCACAUAUCUUAAAUCUCAUGGUUCAAGAUGGCCUUUCUGAGAUUAAGAAUGUGAUUGGUGAUGUUCAUGAAAGUGUCAAUUUUAUUAAUCAAAAUGAGGUAAGACUUAACUCAUUUUCUGACAUAGUACAACAGUUACAGUUACCUGAUAGGAAACUCAUUCUCGAUUGUAAAACACGUUGGAAUUCGACAUUCGAGAUGUUGUCGAUUGCAAUCAAAUUCAAAGAAGUGUUUUCGAGACUCAAAAAGCGAGAAUCUCAUUAUGAAUGUUGUCCUAGUCAUGAAGAUUGGGAAAAGAUGGAGAAAGUUUGUGAGAUUUUAGAAGUUUUUAAUUCAGCCACGAAAAUCAUCUCUGGAAGUGAUUAUCCAACUUUAAACCUGUUUCUGAAUGAAGUUUAUCGUGUGAAAGUGUUGUUGGAUAAAAUGAUGAAUGAUGAAAAUGAAUUUGUUCAAGCAAUGGUUCGUAAGAUGAAGAGUAAAUUUGAUAAGUAUUGGGUAGAAUGUAAUUUGUUGAUGUCUAUAGCAGUAAUCUUGGAUCCAAGGUGCAAAAUGAGGGUGAUUGAGUUUUAUUUUCCUCGAAUGUACCCUGAUAGAGAAGCAAGAGAAAAUAUUGCUAAAGUUCGAGAUGCCCUUUAUGAGAUUUAUGAUGAAUAUGCUCGUGAGUAUCAAUUUAGCAAUGAGCAUAGUGCUGAAACUCAAGUGCAUGAUAAUGGUAUUAGUGGUAUGAAUAUAGAAGCUUCUUCUUCUGGUUGGUUUGAAUUUGCAAAUUAUGUAAAAUCAGUUGAAACUGCUCAACCACAACAAUCUGAUUUAGAUGUCUACCUAGCUGAAGGUUGUUUUAUCUGUGAAGAGAUUCCACUAAGUUUCAUGCUUUGGAAUGGUGGAAAGCGAACACUUUGA